AUGCCGCGCUUCGAUCCAUCGCGCUCGCGCAGCCGCCGGCGCUCAGAUAGUCGCUCUCGACGGCGACGGACGCCGGAGCGGCGGCGAUCCCCGGAGCGGCGGUCGGAGCGGCGCUCGGCUUCGCCACCAAAGCGAUUGGAGGGCAGGGAGAAGUCGCCAGUGAAUGAUGCUGAAGGAGAAACUGAGGAGGCGAAGUGCAUCGUGGUAGAAAGCAAGGCGCGACAGAGCACAGGAGAGCGCACUUGGAGGGCUGAGAUCUCAGUGCCAAAAGCCAAUGAUUAUCAGUUUGGUGGAAAAAGCCGUACCAUGUGCAUCCGCGGCCCCCUGCGAGUGGACAAGGAGCAAGCGUACAAGGACAAGGACCGCUUGGAGCAAUGCGCCAAGGAACAUCCUGGAGACAUCUCCAAGGUCAAGGGCAUGGCUCGGGAGAUGCUGAACAGUAAAACUCACUGAGAGUGGCAGGGGUUGGGUGGGCUUAGAGGACUGGACUUCGCUUGUGGCAUGAUUUACAGGUAUAC